AUGUAUUGUCUUGUCUUAAGAGAUAACAUUCGUGCGUCAGCUGUCUGCAACGCAUGGCGCAAAGUCGUUGAAGCUGUUCGGGUUGUGGGAAAGCAUCCAUGGGUUAUCACCUUUCGGAAACGUGACGACUUGAUUGUUCUCUAUGAUCCAAUGGAACGAAAGAGGUACACACUUAAUUUACCCGAGUUAGCUGGAACCGAUGUUUGUUACUCGAAAGACGGAUGGUUGCUUAUGCGCAGAUCCAGUUUAGUGGACAUGUUCUUCUUCAACCCUUAUACUCGAGAGCUUAUAAACUUGCCAAAGUGUGAGUUGUCUUUUCAGGUCAUUGCUUUCUCCUCCACCCCCACAUCGGGUACUUGUGUGGUAAUAGUGUUAAGACCGUUUACGAGAUACAACGUUCGUAUAAGCAUUUGCUAUCCUGGAGCAACAGAGUGGGCUACUGAAGAUUUUUCUUGCUCUCUUGGAUUUGACCCCUACAUGCAUAGCAACCUUGUCUAUGCCAAUGGUCACUUUUAUUGCUUCAGCUCGGGAGGUGUUUUAGUUGACUUUGAUCUAGCUUCCGGCACAGUGAGUCAUCAAGCAUGGAGUGAGCAUAGAUGCCCUUAUAUUCAUAGCGAUGAAUGGUCAAAUAUGCCGAAGAGAAUUUACUUGACUGAGCAGAAGGGAGAGCUCUUUCUCAUGUAUACAUUUUGUAGGGAGAAGCCGAUGGUGUAUAAACUUGUCUCCUCGAAUUGGGAGGAGAUGAGUAGUACUACUCUUGAUGGUGUGACCAUCUUUGCAAGUAUGUAUUCCUCAGAGAUGAGAGUGGAUGUUCUAGGGAUGAGGAACAAUGUCUACUUCCCAAAGUAUGGCUUAAAAAGCAAGACUUGUACAUCAUACUCAUUCGAUGAAGGCAGGUACCAUAAGCAGUUCCCGAAAGUAAAAUAUAUGUGGCAGAUGCGGAAAGAACUAUGCCCUCUUAGGAGCCUUUGGAUAGAGCCACCGCCUAAGAACGUCUAUGAUUCGAUGAAAUGA